CGAUACUCACGAUGUUCUCCUCCGUUUCUCGCUUUCUUACCGGCUUCCACGGCAGCCGCCUGUUUGGAGCUCUCCUCCGCCACCUCUCCUACACCACCAACCCCCCCGCCGCGGUGGGGAAUGGCACCGCUGCGAAGCCCCAUUUCAUGGUCGACUACCUCGUCGCCUCCUGCGGCUUCUCCCUUGCCGAGGCGUCCAAACUCUCCAAAACCCUCUCCCACCUCGACUCCCUCGACAAUCCCGACGCCGUCCUCCGUCUCCUGCGGAGCCACGGCAUCGACGACGCCUACAUCCGAAAGCUCAUCUCUGCCAGGCCCAGAUGGCUCUGCUGCGACGCCGAGAAAACCUUAGCCCCCAAGCUCCGAGCUUUCCAAGAUCUCGGCUUUUCCGGCGUCGGUCUCGCCCAAUUCAUCCACUCAAAUCCCCAAGCCCUCGAUCUCAACCUCCACCGUACCAUCCUCCCCAGGAUCGAGUUCUGGAGCGGCCUUAUCGGCUCCACCGAGCAGCUGAUGGUUCUUCUCCAGAAAAAGAGGUUCCUCUACGUCAGAGUUGACAGAACCGUGAUUCCCAACCUCUCCCUCCUGCGCGGUCGCGGAUUCUCCGAAAAACGUAUCGCCUGGCUACUGCGGAAGAACCCUGAGCUCGUUAUGCUCAAGGCAGACAAAUUCCGGGCCACGGUCGAGCGUGUCGAGGAUUUGGGAAUCCCCGGCAGCUCAGGGAUGUUCCCGUGGGCUCUAUGGGCCGUCUGCAAUCUGAGCAAGACCAUGUUCAAGACCAAAUUAGACCUCAUGAAGAGCUUCGGGUGGUCGGAGGAGCAGUUCCUUUGUGCAUUCCAUCGGAAUCCCAUGUUCCUGACGUUUUCAGAGAAGACCCUCCGGGAUAAGAUGGAUUUCUUCUUGAAGGAAGCCGAGUGCGACCCAUCCUUCCUCGCCCUGCGUGCAGAGCUUCUGACAUACAGUGUAGAGAAGAGGCUGAUUCCUCGGCAUCGUGUGUUGAUGGCUUUGAAGUUGAGAGGGUUUUGCACCAGAGAAUAUAAAUUUUCCAACAUCAUUGUUUGGCCAGAGAAGAAGUUUUUGGAGAAAUUUAUCAUCCCCUAUGAGGAUAAAGUGCCAGGACUAAGAGAGAUGUUAAUUGCUGCCUGUAGCAGGGGGGAUGCCAACUAAUUCUAUGGUUUUGAUAAAGACGGAAAAGAGGUUUCAAUACAAUGCAGAUGCAUGCAGCAGAAGUCUAAGACCUUGUUCAUGAUUUAUCUACAUGCAAAAUCAUGGUCAGAGGGUUUGAAAACUUGAUCAAGCCAUGAGGUGAUUUUGGAGUUGAUUUUUGCUUUCUUGGAAGCUUGUUGAGACUACGAAAGUACAUAAUCCUCCAAGCUUUACUACCCGCGGCUGUGUGGUCCACGUGCAUAACCUUUGGAAGCUUUCUUGGCCACCAAGCUCCAAUUAUUCAUGUGCCAAAGGGAU